AUGGUGGGGCUGCGACACCUUGACGACUACUACCGCGACCACGAGCCGAUGGACGUGGACGUAGAGUACGAGGCGGUACGUCCGGGUCCCAGCUCGCGCGUUGCCUCGUCAGGAAGUAUCCUCCCGACGCCGUCGCCCACCCCCUCGCCGCUGGUCGUCACCGCCGCGCUGCCACUAGUCAGCGAAACAGAGUAUGAAGCCAUCGACGAGGACGAGGUCGCCGUCGAGGUCGACGUCGUUCACGUCGACUAUGCGCCACCGUCGCCGGUCGACAUCGACACGAGGGAGGCAAUGCUCGCGAACCUCACACACCCAUGGGCACAGGCCCCGGUGCCAGUGUACGUCCCGCGGCGGAGCAAGGCGCCGCCUACUGCUGCAUCGGCAGCGCGGUACGCGACGACGCCCGACGGGCGGCGCGUGCGUCUCCCCGGCGUGGUGGUCGGCGGGGAGAUGGACGGCUGGGUCGAGCAGGAGGCGCCUAGCGCCGCCGCAGGGCGCCCCGUGAUCGGGGUCAAGAAGAAGCGCGAGCGCUUCGAGCGCGUCGACGACGACGGGGCCGAGACGGCGUCGCUGGCCGACAUCACCGGCGGCGUUGGCGGCGUGAGCAAGGCUUUCCGCCGCGCGCUGUCUGCCUCGUCCGGGGGCAGCUCGAGCGCGCCGGCCAUGCCUAGUCCCGGAUUGUGUGGUGUCGGUGAAGGGCCCCCGACGUUGAUGACGCCCAUGGGGUUUGCGUAG